UAAACAUUAAUAAAAUUUAUUUAAUAAAAUUUUAUUUUUAAGCAUCUAAUUGUUUAGUAUUAGUUACCAAUUCUUAGCUAUAAAUUAUUUUGUGUGAAAUAAUUCUUCUAAUUGCUUUUUUAUGACUAAUUUAUUUGGAAUUGAGGAUUUCCAUUUUCCUCAUGUAUUUUAUUAAAACCGGCACAACGGGCAUGAAUACUGGUUGUACCACGGUCAGACCAUUCCACUUACAAAACCGGCACACCGGCAUAAACCGGUUUGACAACCUUGUUCUUGACAAAAGGACAGAGUCAAAAGAUGACAAAGUUGUUCGCUUUAGCAGCAAUGACGCUGGUCCUCAUAAUAAGCGUCUUUGCGUUCGUGAAACCGGUAACGUCAUCGUCGUGUUACCGUUUCGAUCAUUUUGGCCCACCUUCUCCGAUGUCUCACGAGGAGGUGCAAUCGCAACGGAAUAUGAGGUUGGCUCGGUUUUCGGUGGCGAAUCACAAUGAAGUGCUCUCGGGUGCUCAACGAUUGAAGUUGGUAAGUGUAGAAAAGGGUGCUUAUUACCAUGUAUCACCCGAUGGAGACUAUAAAAGUUUGGAUAUUAUUGCAUCCAACAGCUUCGGCCAAGCCAAGUAUAGGGCCUUUGUCAUUGAGUUCAUUGCCUAUGAUGAACUUUCCCUUCAAUGCUUUGAGAAAAUUUAUUAAAGAUGGAUGUUAUUUAAAAGCAUUUAAUUUGUAAUGCAAAGUCAGUUGCGCUCUGUGAGCAACGUCGUGGCCGCAAUAAACAUUUUUGUCUUUGGUUUAAUUAAUGCCAGCAACAAUUAAAAUAAUGUUGAUGUUUCAUGCAACCUUUUUCUGAAAUGGGACCAUAUUGGUCUUGGAUUGUGGUGUGGGGGUUCUGUGAUGCCCGAUGUUGGACUUGUAAUAACGUUUCUAAAAAAAUGGUUUACCUAGGUGAUCAUGGCAUGCAAUUUGAUCGACAUGUCCAACUCCGACCAAAUAAAAAAGUUGAAUAGAUGGAGUUUAAGAGAACUUGGACAUGUGGUAGAUAUAGCUAGACCUGGCAAAUUAUAAUCUGAUUCGUUGAUCUGAUCUGAAUCCGCCCGAAAAAAAAUAGAAGUUUUUACAACCCGAAUAUGACUAACCCGUGAUUUUUUGAGUUGGGUUGGGUGGGUUAGAGGGUCGACGACCCGUUAGACCCGUUCCAUUUCAUAUGUCACUUCAAAAAUGAUAAAAUCAAUCAUAAAUUGGUGAGAUGUUU